UAUUUAGUGGUCUUAAUUUAGGCCUUAUGUCACUUGAUAAAACUGAAUUAAAAAUUAUUGAAAGUGCUGGUUCACAUAAGGAAAAAGGUUAUGCUAAAGCUAUACGUCCUGUACGUGAAAAAGGCAAUCUGUUAUUAUGUACACUUCUGCUGGGUAAUGUACUUGUCAAUACAUCAUUAACUAUACUUAUGGAUGAUUUAACUGGGAGUGGUUUAUUCGCUGUUAUCGCCUCUACUAUUGGUAUUACACUAUUUGGUGAAAUUAUGCCACAAGCUGUAUGCUCAAGGCAUGGAUUAGCUAUCGGUGCAAAAACUUUAUGGUUGACAAAAACAUUUAUGCUGCUCACCUUUCCAAUUGCAUUUCCUGUUAGUUAUAUAUUGGAUAAAAUGCUUGAUGAAGAAAUUGGUCAAGUGUAUAGUAGAGAAAAGCUUGGAGUACUUAUACGUGAACAAAUAUGCAGUAUUUAUACGAAACUGUGUGUUAAUUGUCAUGAAUUACGUCGAUCACGUGUAUGCCGUUUACCGUUUCAUCUUGGACCAUCACCAGAAUUGGCUUUAGGUGUUUCAGUGUAUUGUCUAAUUCGUCCAGUACACUUGCCUACUCCAAUAUGGCUUUCAUCUAAUGACAAUAAGCCAAUCACAGUAAGAAGGCAAUAUUACAAAGGCAUAGAUCCAUAUGGUUCGUAUGAUCCAGUGAAAGAUGCACUCGCUGAUCAUGAUCUAGUUCGUGGUAUUAAACUUGAUGGUCGUUAUGUAUGCUUUGAUAAAGAUGAAAUUAAUGAAGCAAUGAAAAAUAUUGCACCUGUUGGUAUCCAUCUGUUGGGUUUUAUAUCAAUGAAAUUUUUAAAACGUUUCUAUUAUAUUCGUCCAGCACAGUUUAUUUAUCCUGAUGAAGCGUCGAUACACGGAAGUUGUUUAUGGUUUACAGCUCUGCUGAAUCGUUGUCUACAUCGUAAACUUUUAGCUAUAGCUGUAUAUGUUCAAAGAAAAGGACAAUUUCCACGUCUUAUUGCACUUUAUCCUCAAGCUGAAGAGGUCAGUGAAGUCAAAGUUCAGACUAUGCCACCUGGAUUUCAUAUUAUAUUUUUACCCUUUGCUGAUGAUUUCCGUGAAAUUGACAUUCCAUCUGGGGAAAUAGCUGAUGAAUCUCAAGUAGAUAUUGCUAAGGCAAUGAUACGUAAAUUAAUGGUACCAUUCAGUCCUGGACAAAUUGAAAAUCCCUGGCUACAACGUUAUUAUUCUCUACUUGAAGCGUUAGCAUUUAAUCGAGAAUCUCAAUCUGAAAUUGUUGAUCACACAUUGCCUAAAAUUGGAGCUAUGAAAAGAAGAGCCAGUGUAGAAAUUGAAGCCUUCAGACAAUGUUUCAACUUGGAGGCGGUGAAUUCAUCAAAGAAGGCUUACACUUCACAAUCAACUGACAGUUAUAGUAGUCAAAGUGUAAAACCAUUUCUAUCUGAAGAUGAACUCAAAGCAGCUGUGAGACUUGGUCAAUUAAAUAAGUAUACAGUGACAGUUUUACGUGAUACAAUCAAAUCACUUGAUCUUAAAAUAUCAACAACUGGUCGGAGUAAAAAAUCUGAUAUUAUACAACAAAUAAUGAAUCACUUUAAAUGA